AAAUCUUUCUUUAAAAAUCUAUUUUUUACUUGGUACAAUUUGAACUAUUUUUACAAAUUCCACACGACAACGUUGAGCCCUUAACUUUAUAAGGGUGCCACUCCCCACUCCCCACUCCUCACUCCCAGAACGAUUCUCUCUUCAAAAACCAGAGAAACAUUCAAGAUCACAACUUUCGCGUCGAUCUCAAUUUCUCCUCCAUUCCGCUUCGCCUCCCACCUGACAAAUUCCAUUUUCCCCUCGCUUUCCAUCCCCAUCUCCUUCCCAUCGCCAUGGGCUCCCUGCGCCCUGCUGUAAGAGACCCUAGAGACGACCUCGUCGUCACCCAAGUAAGCUUCGGUGGCUUUGAAGAAUCCGUCGACGCCAAGAAGCUUUUCGACUUCCUCGAACUCAACGCCGGCGCCAUCUGGCGUUGCCGCGUCAAGAAGACAUGGUCCCCUCCUGAUUUUUUCCCCAACUUCGCUGCCAUCUCCUCCCCUAACCGGGGACCCUCCGCCGAUGAAUCCGUUGCCAAGGUGGUCACCCCUCAUGCAUUUGUUCACUUCGCCCACCCCGGCGCUGCGAAGCGAGCCAUCGCCGCCGCCGGCCGAUCGGAACUUAUUCUCGACGGUCGCGUGCUCCGCGUCAACUCCGGCACUGAUAGUGCUUACCGCGCUCAGCGCCGGCGGAGCAUCGAUCCCUUCAAGUUCUCCUCCGUCGGCGUCGAGCUCGGCACGCUUUUUGCCCGCGAUGAGUUUUGGCUCGCGUGGAAAUGCUCUUCCGGCGAGUUUGUCGUGGAUCCGUUCGAUGGUUGUUGCCGGAUUCUAUUCUCUCAAGAAAUCCCGUUCACGAAGAAGGACGCGAAGGAGACGGUGAUUCUCAAAUGCGAUUUGAAGGUACAGUUUCUUGUUAGGGAUUUGGAUGAUGUUAAGGUUUGGAUGGACGAAGCACCAUUUUCUCUUUUACUGCAUUUCUCCUCCGCUCCGCUGGUGUAUUACCGAACUGCCGACGAUGAUAUCUAUGAAUCAGUACCGUUCAGCCUCUUAGACGACGAAGAUCCGUGGAUUCGGACCACGGAUUUCACUCCCAGCGGAGCUAUCGGCCGAUGUAGCGUCUUUCGGAUUCUGCUUUCUCCUCGAUUCGGGCCAAAGCUCCUGCGGGCGCUGAAUUAUUUGAGGGAUCACAGAAUCCCGGAGUCUCGGCCGUCCAGACCUCUUCGUAUUCGCGAGGAGCCGGAGUUUGGAGUUUCUAUGGUUGAUCACUUCUUCUGCAAUCAUUCAGUAAAAAGUAUCAGCUUUCCCACACUGUUCAUGGUUAAUGCGGUUUUGCAUAAGGGGAUCUUUAACCAGCACCAACUAACUGACAAAAUGUUCAGUUUGCUGAGGAGCCAAAGUGAUUCAUUAAACGACGCAGCUUUGCGACAUAUUUGCGCUUACAAGCGCCCCAUCUUCGAUGCAUACCAAAGGCUGAAACUUGUGCAGGAUUGGUUGUUGAGAAAUCCAAAGCUUGUUAAGGGACAAAGGAUUGCCGAUGGGACCAUGGAGGUGAGGAGGCUGAUUAUCACUCCAACGAAAGCAUAUUGUCUGCCGCCGGAGGUGGAGGUGUCUAAUCGUGUUCUCAGGCAUUACAGGAAUGUAGAAGAUAGAUUUUUGAGGGUUAGUUUUACCGAUGAAGCAAUGCAGCAACUGAAUUCCAGUGUCCUGAACUAUUAUGUAGCUCCAAUAGUGCGGGACAUCACCUCAAAUGGAUUUCCACAGAAAACUACGAUCUUUAGAAGGAUCAAAUCUAUAUCAAGUAAUGGUUUUGACUUAUGUGGUAGGCGAUACCGCUUUCUGGCCUUCUCAUCAAAUCAACUGAGGGAUCAGUCAGCUUGGUUCUUUGCUGAUUAUGAGAAUAUAACUUCUGAUUCCAUCCGGAAAUGGAUGGGUAGGUUCUCCAACUAUAAUGUCGCAACGUUUGCUGCUCGAAUGGGGCAGUGCUUCUCCUCAACAUAUGCUACCUUGAAGAUGCUGCCUGCUGAAGUUGAUUUUGAGCUUGAGGAUAUUGAGAGGAAUGGCUUCGUCUUCUCCGACGGGAUUGGGAAGAUCACUCCAGAGCUGGGAAUGGAAGUUGCUGAAGCGCUGCAGCUGACCGACAACCCUCCUUCUGCCUAUCAAAUACGCUAUGCCGGCUGUAAGGGUGUGGUAGCCGUUUGGCCCGGGAAGGAUGAUGGAAUUCGUCUCUCAGUCAGACCAACCAUGCAGAAAUUCGACUCCACUCACAAUGUUCUUGAGAUUGUAUCAUGGACACGCUUCCAGCCCGGCUUCCUAAACCGUCAAAUUGUCACUCUUCUUUCAUCCUUGGAUGUGCCUGAUAUCGUCUUCUCGAGAAUGCAGGAGGAAAUGAUUUCUAAGCUGGAACAUAUACUUGAAGAUGCCAAUAUCGCUCUUGAAGUUCUCAUCACCUCCUGCCUUGAGCAAGGGAACACUGCCGCAAUGAUGCUGGCCGCCGGCUUUAAACCUCACACAGAGCCCCAUCUCAAAGGCAUGCUUCUGUGUGUCAGAGCUGCACAGCUUAAGGAUCUCCUAUUGAAGGCUAGAAUAUUUAUUCCAAAUGGAAGGUGGUUGAUGGGCUGCUUGGAUGAACUAGGGGUACUGGAACAAGGCCAGUGCUUUAUUCAGGCAUCCACUCCCUCAUUGGAGAACUGUUUCUCAAGGCAUGGAUCCAGAUUCUUGACAACGAAGAAGGAGAAGAAAAUUGUUGUGGGUACUGUCGCUGUUGCUAAGAACCCGUGUCUUCACCCUGGGGAUGUUCGGAUUCUCGAAGCGGUCGACGUACCUGAGCUGCAUCACCUCGUCGAUUGCUUGGUGUUCCCUCAAAAGGGAGAGAGGCCUCACUCAAAUGAGGCGUCUGGUAGCGACCUUGAUGGUGAUCUUUAUUUUGUCACUUGGGAACCUAAUUUGAUACCUCCAAGCAAAAAGAGUUGGGCUCCGAUGAGUUACGCUCCGGCACAAAAGAAGUUGCACCCACGCAGUGUCAUCCAUAAGGACGUCAUUGAAUUCUUUGUGAAGAACAUAGUGAGUGAGAACCUAGGAGUCAUAUGCAACGCGCAUGUGGUCCACGCCGACCUUAGUGAGCAUGGAGCCAAGGACGAGAAAUGCAUCCAGUUAGCUGAGUUGGCGUCCACGGCUGUUGACUUCCCUAAAACCGGCCAACUCGUGACCAUGCCCACUUCCCUCAAGCCCAAACUGUACCCUGAUUUCAUGGAGAAGCCCGAACACCAAUCCUACAAGUCUGAAAAGAUCCUCGGGCGGCUUUAUCGCGCCAUACGAAAUGCUUCGAAUGAGACCUCCAUGCCCGAGUUCUCACUCAGUUACGAAAACAUUUGCUACGACAAAGAUCUCGAGGUGCCGGGCGCUUCGGAUUUUCUCGCCGCCGCCUGGGACAACAAAUGCGUAUACGAUUCAUAUGUUGAUGCUUUGCUUGGGCAAUACGGAAUAAGGGCGGAGGCGGAGAUUGUCGUCGGGCAAAUAUCAUCGUUGCCUAAACACAACAGCCGGAAGCAAGGGGAUCUAAAAGAACGGAUCAAGAGCACGUACACCGCUCUUUGCAAAGAAUUCCGCCAGGUGUUUGAGUCGUUGGAAACAGGCAAUUUGAAGCUUUCUGGAGAGGAGAAGGAGUUGUUGUUCGAGCGAAAAGCUUCGGCGUGGUAUCAGGUCACUUAUCACCCAGAUUGGGUUCGGAGAUCAGCGGAGAGGAGGGGACCUGAUGGCAGCGAAGUGCUGCCUCGCCUGAGCUUUGCAUGGAUUGCUGUGGAUUACCUUUCAGGAGUAAAGGCUAAGCGUCGAGAAUGAGAAGAAGAUAACGAUGUCUCUUCGGAAGAGGAGAUGUGAUGAUGCGAGUUGGUUGCAUUAAUUAGGUUACUGUCUGGUUUGUUGUAGCAAGGCCACUCUGCCAUUUUCCAUAUCUGCCAUGGUAGAUAUGAAUAUGUUGUCCUAAAGGAAAUCGUCUUUUGUUUAUGUUUUUUGUUGUUUUUAUUUUCAGUUUUUUCUCUGUUUCAGAAGCUGUUUUGGAUUGUGCAGAAAGGAAAGUUUGGUUAUCGUCUUGGAUUUUA